AUGAGCAGCAGCCGCCGCCCUGCAGGAUCUAGGGUUCUGACGUCUCCGCUCACGGAUGGAGGGUGGCAUACACCCAUGGAUCAUGACGAUACUGAUUUUCAGAGCCAAAACUUUCAACUAGCUGGUGAAGGCAGUAGCAAAUUCCCAUCAGGUUUGCGACCAUUUGCACUGCCAAAACUUGAUAUUGAGGACCAACUACAAGGCCAUCUUCGAUUUGAUAAUUUGAUAGAUUCAGAAGCAUUUUUCAGCGUACAAGGGCACGGGAAUAGUUGGAUUGAGGUUCUGUCCACUGGAAGCAGUGUUGUUGAUUUUAGCUCUAGCGCAACUGAAUCUUGCUCAAUUUCUAAAACUAAUAAUGUCUGGUCAGAGGCAACAUCUACAGAAUCUGUCGAAAUGCUAUUGAAAUCAGUGGGAGAAAAUGAGACAACUGGUAACAUGGACAAUAAUGCUCAUCUUCAGUUAAGUGGUAUGGACAGUCAAACUGAUCAAUUGAGUGCUCAUCCUAAAUCUGGUAACUCCCCGACAGAUAGUACUGUAGUGCCAACUGAGAAAGAUCAGUCUUGGAGCACUCAUUCUAGAAUGACAGACGAUCUUGAUCGUUCUCAGAGCACUCAUUCUAGAAUGAUUGCUGACCUUUCAAACACCAAGUCUCAGCUUGAACAUUUUGCACCUUUCUUAAAGGACAUGAAAGCUGAGCAGGCAGCAGAUUCUGUUGCUGAGAAGUGCAUUGCAGGUGAAACUCUAUUGUCAGAAAGUUCUGAUGGAUUACUAGAGGCCAUCACAAAUCCAGUUAAGAUGCUGCACAGGAGUGAUGAUACAUGCAAUAAAGUGAACAGCACUCUUCAACCAUCUUUUUCAGCAGUGCAACAUGGAACUGAAGGCCUGAAAAGUUCAGUUCACAGGAGCAAUGAGCUCGUUGUUAAGGAGUUUAGUACUGGUUUAGAUUCUCUUCUAUCUGACCAAUCUGAGGCAGACCCAAGACAUUCUAAUUCACAUCCUGUCAGUUCUGUCUCUCCCAAAAGUAAAAUUGCCGAUGCCACUUGUGUUCCUGAAGAAACAAAGAAUGCUGGAGGCAGUAGUACAAACACCUGCUGUACAGGUGAUGAAUCAAAACAUGUAGUGUUGGAGCACCAUCGAGAUUCUGUUGACAACCAAAACAGUGGUGACAUGGGAGAAAAGAUAAUUGAGGAGGAAAUACCAGCAGUUUCAGGGAACAUUGAGCAAAUGAGAGAAAAUGAUCAUGAAGAAAAUGCUACCAAUGCUACUGGUACAUCCAAAGAUAAGGUUGGCCCUUCCGACAGUAUUGCUCCUGAAAACUUUGCAGCUGGCACUUUGAAUGCUUCAGAAGAUCCAAACAUUCCCUCGCUAAAUCAUGAGAGAUCAUUCGAGCAACACGAAUUGCCUGCUUUAGGAGAGAAGCCUAAAAGCACAAAUUUACUCCUAUCUACUUCUGGGUUUCAAGAGAAAAUUUCAGCAUCAGUGAUCAGUUCUAGCAGUGGUGUCACGCCUACCAUUGUUACUGACAAUGUUGGUACUUCCGAGGAUAAAAAUGGCUGUUCAAUAGGUGUUUCUCCUGUUGAUUCCUCUGCUUUACUAGAUAAAAAGGAUUUGAAAAUGGCCAAAGUGAAUAAUGAGGAGGCAUUCAAGGAAGGUGCUAAAUCCGCUUUAGGAGAUCAAGACCACAAUGGUAUUUCUCCUGGCUCUGAACAAGGAGGGGAAAUGCCAGCUGUGCCCAUGGACUCAAGCAUUGCCGUUUAUAGUGGUACUGUUUCUGCUACAGAAAAGGAGAAAUACAAGGAGCAGCCUAAUUCUUUGGGUGCUUUGACCACAGGAGAAACUCAGGAUAAAUCAGAUCGUAUAGAUCCAACCACAGCACCUAUGUUAGGUAUCCCAACUGGAAAGGUGGCUGAAAAUAUAGUAAAAACUCCACUGGAUGCAAGUGAUGAUUUGAAUGCACAUAUGCAAGAUAUAGUGUUAAAUUGCGGUACAGAUUGUAGUCCUGGUACUGUGCCAUCCCUAGGGAGGCAAGGCUCAAGCUUAUUGGAACCUGGUAAUGGUAAUGGUAAUGGAAUCUGCACUGGGGUUACAUGUGAGUCCCCUUCAGUGAUUAGUUGCGCUGAAUCCUCUCCCCAAGAAGGUGGACAUGGCAACAAUGCUUUACUUCAUCACACACUAUGUGGGCAAUCUGAGGAUCCUAAAGAUCGUGGGGCCACAGCUGAUGCUACCCAGAGCUCAAAACAAUGCUGUACCAGAAAUAUAGAAUCUGCUCCUGGUUCUGAGGAGACUAGUGCAGCAGGUGGUGAUAGAAGCUUCUCAUUUGAGGUGGGAGCUCCACCAAAUGUUGCUGAGAAAGCCCAUAGCCCUGUUUGGAGCCCUUUCCCUAGAUACAUAACUUCUCAGAGUACCAAGACGGCCACAGAAAAUCCUCAAGCUGGAAGUUCUUUAAAGGAUACUAGUGAUGAUAGUAAGAAAGCAUCUACUGUGGAGGCCGGUAAAGAACAGCUAUCAGAAAGGAAAGUGACUGAAAGUUCUGGGGGCGGCCCCUCAGACAACUCUAAUAUAGGCAGCAGCAUUAAGAGUAGAAGUUCACCGCCGCGGCAGCAUCCAAUCCCUGAGUGUUCUGUUUCUUCUGCAGAUUUAGUGAAUUUUCCAUUCACAGAUCCACAGCAUUUACAGCUACGCGCACAGAUAUUUGUUUAUGGAGCUCUUAUUCAAGGAACGCCACCAGGAGAGGCUUACAUGGUGGCAGCUUUUGGAGAACCUGUUGGUGGUGGCAAACCUACAUGGGAGGCUGCUUGGCGAGCUGCUUUUGAAAGAUUUCAGUAUCAAAAAUCGCUUUAUACCAGUUUAGAGACCCCCACAAGUGCACGUAUAGGUAGUUCUGUGCCUGAGAAAGCUAGCAAGGGUACAGCAAUUACAACUGUGCCAGCUAGCAAAAAAGGUGGCAAAACUGUGGUGCCAGCACAUCCUGCUGUAACCCUACACUCCCCAACUUCUAAUGUACCUUUUGGUAGUUCUACAUUUAACCUGCAACGAGGUACUCAUCUGGAUUUUAACCAGGCAGUAUCACCAUUUGCAUAUAAUUCACACAUGAGACAUCCGUCUCCUGGUGUUGCCCCCUGGUAUACUCAAAGCCCUGGUCCACGUCCUGCAUCCUGGUUGAUUCCACCACAAAACUUAAUAUUUGAUUCAUCGAUGCAACCAGCUAUUCCUACAAAUGAAACUGCGAAGGGGGCAUCAUCCAAAAAUAUAUCCAUUUCACAUACUGUUUCAUCUGGUGUAGUUCUUCCCAGUCCAGCACCUUCUAUUGUUUCUUCUCCAACAGCAGUUGUGAAUGAUGGGAAACAGAAGGCUGCUUCUAGCUCUAAGCAUGGCACUGCAUCACAAAAGCCAAGAAAAAGAAAGAAAGCUUCAGCAAGUCCGGAACAGCAACCUUUCUUUGCUUCUCCUCAGCUCAAAAUGGACAUGCCAUCUUUUACUCCUGCCAUUAAGCACACAGCAGGAUUUGCCUUAUCCGGUAGCAAGCUUGUUCCUAACACUGGCCAGAUUGCCUCUGAACCUAACUACCAGAUCACUGGUGGUACGGAUAGUGAGCAAAGAAUCAUCUUUUCAGAACAGAUCCGUGGUGCAGUAGAACAAUCAACUGCACAGGCUAAAGGUGCAAGCAUUGACUCAAUGGAGGCAGUUAAGCACAAGGAAGGCUUAUGGAGCCAUCUAUCCACAAUCUCGAGAGACAAGUUACCUCCAGAAGUUGAAGAGAAGCUUACCUCGGUUGCAGCUGCUGCUGAAGCAGCAGUUUCUGUUGCAAAGGCAGCUGCAGAAGCUGCCAAGAUGGCGUCAGAGGCUGCAUUGCAGGCGAAAAUGAUGGCAGAGGAAGCUCUUAGCUCUUCUAUAUCUGUAAUGCCCAUGCAUCACGAAGCUGGUCAAAUUAAUGUCAUUAGCAGUCCACCUACCUUGUCAAGUUCAACACCAGCAUCAUCUCUGAAAGUUAAGAACAAGAGUCAUGCCCCAGGUUCUAUCAUUUCUGUGGCACGGGAGGCUGCUAGAAAGAGGGUUGAAGAGGCAUCUGCAGCUGCAAAACGUGCUGAAAACUUGGAUGCCAUAUUGAAAGCUGCAGAGCUUGCUGCGGAGGCUGUGUUCAGGGCAGGAACCAUUAUUGGAAUGGGAGAACCACUACCUUUUACCCUAAGAGAGCUUUUGGAAGCUGGGCCGAAUGGCUAUUGGAAGUCAGCGAGUGUGAGGAAUAAAUCUGGAAGUGGUAAUGAUAAUCCAGUAACAGAAACAUUGGAGGUAGAUGCACCUGUUAACUUUAACAAAUCUGGCAGAAAGCGUGGUCGGAAACCUAAAUAUGAUCAAGCACUACUGGGUUUGGAGCCAUCUUCAAGUUGCAAAGAAUUACAGCCAUAUGGAAUACACUCAGGACAUGGGGUUGUUGAAGAUGUUCCUGUCACUGUGUCGCUGGAUGGUAACAAUGUUAUAGCGCCAAUAAACAUUAUCUGGAAUGGCAUUGAAAAGGGAUCUUCAGUUGAGGUUUUAUCUGACAAGGGUGGGUUUGGAGUAGCUUGGUUUUCUGCUAAGGUUAUUGAUAUAAAUGCAAAUAAUGCUUUUGUCAACUAUGACAACCACAAUGGAACUGGUCCUCGUGAAGAAUGGGUGCCAUUGAGACAAGAGGGAGAUAAGCCGCCACAGAUACGUCUUGCGCACCCUGCUACCCUCUCUAAAUUCAAAACUAGGAAACGACGCAGGGAAACAGCAGGCAGUUGUUUAUGGGUUAUUGGAGAUCAUGUAGACGCUUGGGUCAAUAAUAGCUGUUGGCGAGAGGGAGUUAUUUCUCAGAAUUAUGAGACUGAUGAGACGAAAUAUGUUGUACAUUUUUCAGUUGGAGGUGGUGGUGAGUCCUUAGUAGUUGAUGCUUGGAGUCUUCGUCCAUCGCGUGUUUGGAAAGAUGGUCAAUGGAUAGAGUGGUCCCGUGCAAGAGAAAGGAAAUCCAAAUCUAAUAAGGGCGAUUCACCUCUUGAGAAACGCCAAAGGACAGACUUGCUUCAAACAGGUGGCAAUCUAUCUGCUGUUGGCGAAGCGGGGGGUUCUUCGAAGGACAAGAAUACUAACAAUGCAAAAAAACCGGAGGAACUAAAGCCAUUGUCUUUGUCUCAGGGGGAAAUUGUUUUCAACAUUGGGAAGAGUGUAGUUGAGAACAAAUUUGAUGCUCUUGCAUUCAGACGGCCUGGAUUACAAAAAGAAGGAUCAAAGGUUGUCUAUGGUGUUCCAAAACAUGGAAAGAAGAAGAAGUUUAUGGAAGUAAGCAAACAUUAUGACGCAGGUCAGUCUGACAAGAUUUCUGAGGGCAAUGCAUCUAACAGAUUCGCAAAACAUCUGAUGCCACAAUUGCCAAGGCCACGUGAAAAUACUUCCAAAGUUGAUGCUAAUAGAGGAAGAAGAGUAGGCGAGACGAGGUCUAGAUUACCUAAACCUACGAAGUCUCAGAGCGUUGGAGGUAGCAGUGAUUCCUUGCCCAUGCAUGUUCCAAAUUGUGUUUCUCAAAGGAGUUUUGGUUUUGUGGGAAGUUCGACAAGCACUUCCAACAAUGAGAAGCUCACUUCAGAAAAAAAUAAUCCUGCGCUUGGUGUGGGCCUUAGAACUGAAGUUCCUUCUGUUUCUGAACUGGAAACUGCAUCUACUGUUCCUAGUUCCAAGCCGAAUGUAUCCACUACUACUCGAGCUAAAAGGAAAUAUGUUCCCACUGUCAGUAACACAAACAGAGGUAUACUCAAAACCUCUGAAAAGACGAGUUCUGAUUCUGGUGAACCCCGAAUGACUACUUCUGAUUCUACUGAACCCAGACGAUCUAACAGGCGAAUUCAACCAACUUCAAGGUUACUAGAGGGCUUGCAGAGUUCCCUCAUAAUCUCUAAAGUUACUGGCGAGAAGGUUCCUAGGAGCAAUUCCAAAAGUGCAAUGUCAAGAGGGAGAGCUCAAGCUCAUGGUUGA